CUCUGUGGUUUUGGUCCGCUGUACAUUCUGCUGUGAUAAGUGAGGUUUCCAGCUGGGUUGUGGUGGUGUGAUCACAGAGACCAUGGCAGCUGCUAAUUGUUCCCUGAAAGUUAACAGGCAGCUUCUGGAUCCCAAGUUCGAGAGCUACAAGCUGUCUCUGGAUCCCUUGCCCUGCUACAAUGUAGAGCUGGAUGCUGCUGUAGCAGAAAUGAAGCUUCGAGAUGACCAGUAUACCCUGGAUCAUAUGCGAGCAUUUGGCAUGUACAAUUACCUUCACUGCAAUCCUUGGUUCCCAGACAGCGUGUUCUAUGUGGACCAGCUCGGCAGAGUUAUGCAUUUCUCAGUUACACUGGACACUGCCUUGGGAAAACCUACAGAAGUGUUCAGAUUUCCGAGUGAUUUGGGUGCCUAUGAGAAUCGAUUGUGUUCAUCUCUGUAUUUCGCAUCUUCUACAUAUGUUGCCCUUUCUGAUGGUACAGGGACGCUGUAUAUCAUUCGAGUUGGAAAGUCUGGGGACUCAAAGUCUGAAAAAUGGGAAAUUAUUUUUAAUCAAGAGCUUGGAGACGCCUUUGUUGUGGUUCACAGCGUUUCAUCAAUUCAGGCUGAAACUCAUGUUGUUGAUGUCCUUUUGCUCUCCGUUGAAAAAGAUGCGGUGGAUGUUGAGGGGAGCGGUUUCCAUGUGUCUAUGAAAUGGGUUACAAUAGCACAGAACAAAAGUGAAGAAAAUGGAAAAUAUGAAAUUCUAAAGAGUAGAAAGCUUCAAGGACGAUCUGUUCCACAUUAUGCGGCUAUUGAACCAGAUGGCAAUGGGCUUAUGGUGAUCUCAUAUAAGCCCAUCAAAUUUAUUGAUACACAAGAAAACCAACUUGAUAACCCUGAAGAAGAAAAAAUGGAAGAAGAUCCUAAAAAAGAGCCUCUUUAUUAUUGGCAACAGACUGGAGAUGAUGUGACCCUCACUUUUGAGCUGCCGGAAGGCUUCAAAAAAGAUGACAUUAGGAUGACCUUUUCUCCUGGCCAGAUUUGCAUCUGUUUAAAAGAGGACUCGUUUCUGAAGGGUCAGCUCUACAAUAUUAUCGACCAAGAAGGUUGUGCUUGGAUUCUGAAAGAUCAAAGGAGUGUGGAGGUUACAUUAGCGAAGAGAGAUGCAGGAUGUAUGUGGGCAGAGGUAAUUGUGGGUGAUAAACAAGGAGAAUUCAUUGCAGAUCCUGCUCAGUGUGCUGCGAUUGCAGAUCGACUAAUGCACCUUACUUCCGAGGACUUGAAUCCAAAUCCAGAUCUUGACAAACCCCCUUGUAAUGCACAGGAGCUAGAAGAAUGUGAUAUGUUCUUUGAGGACAGUACCAGUCUAUAUAGAUUUGAUGGGAACAGCUUGAAAGCAAGUCACGUGGUAAAUCUUGGGAGCAACCAAUAUCUAUUUUCUAUGGUAGCCACGCCAGAACUCAUGCCCUGCUUUGCCUUGCGCCAUGAUGUGGAUGCUCUUCUCUGGCAACCAAUUAUUUCUCAGAACGAUAAUCUAUGGGAACAUGUCUCCACUUUCAAUGCCCUGGGAUAUGUCCAAGCAUCAAAGCAAGAUAAGAAGUUCUUCACCUGUGCAUCGAAUUUCUCAUAUGCAGCUCUUUGUGAGUGCGUUCGUAGAAUAUUCAUUUACCGCCAGCCUACUCCGAUGGCCACUGUAUUGUUUAACAGGAAAGAGGGAAAACAUGUAGGGCAGGUUGCUAAGCAACAAGUAGCAAGUCUCGAAACCAAUGACCCCAUCUUGGGCUUUCAAGCUUCCAAUGAAAGAUUAUUUGUUCUAACUGCUAAGAAACUCUUUGUACUGAAGGUAAAUACGGUGUAAUUAACCGUUUCCAAUCACAUAGAAGCUCAAAGCAAUAUUCACUGAAAUGCCCCUUUAAGAGCUCUUUGAUCUCCAAGAUGAAUACAAAACAUGCAUAUUCAAUUUUUUUAAUGUUUUCAUAAUGUACGUGUAUGUUAAUAAAACCUUUAAAAUACA